ACAACGGUAGUGGUAGUACAAGACCAUCCCCAAUCAACGGAACAGCAUCCAUGGAAGUACAAAGGGGAUUCAUUACAACUAAUCCGGCAAUAAAUCGGAUUCUCAGAUAUUAUUAUUAUUGAAUAUAAGAAAUCCACCCUCCACCAUCUCUCCCUUGGCUGCACCAUCCCUCUCUCUCGCUCUUCUCCUCUCUCUCAAUUCCUCUCUCACCGUCUCUACUCCUCUGUCUCUCUCGAUCCGGGACAAUGGCGCCGCCGAGUCUGAGGGACCUGCAGUUGACCCAGGUCGCUAGAGGACGGAAGGCGCUGCCGGACGGCGAGGAUACCGGUGACCUUGAGGAUGUGAGGCUUUUGGACGCCUACGAUGAGGUUGGCGAGGAGUAUAAUUUGUCCCAAAUUGAACAAGGGAUGAGGAGAAUUCAGGUGACAGUCACCGGGAUGACCUGUGCGGCUUGCUCCAAUUCGGUGGAGGCUGCUCUAAUGGAUGUUAAUGGGGUGUUUAAGGCCUCUGUUGUACUGCUUCAAAACAAGGCCUAUGUUGUAUUUGACCCCAACUUGGUUAAGGACGAUGACAUCAAGAAUGCAAUUGAAGAUGCCGGGUUUGAGGCAGAAAUUCUGACAGAACCCUCUAAAUCCGGGACAAAGUCUCACGGGACCCUUGUUGGGCAGUUCACUAUAGUGGGUAUGACAUGUGCAGCAUGUGUGAACUCUGUUGAAGGUAUUUUGCGAGAUCUUCCUGGUGUCAAAAGGGCUGUGGUUGCGUUAGCUACUUCAUUAGGGGAAGUGGAGUAUGACCCUACUGUGACUAGUAAAAAUGACAUAGUCAAUGCAAUUGAAGAUGCUGGUUUCGAAGCUUCACUCGUACAGAGCAGUGAGCAGGAUAAAAUCAUACUAGGGGUUGCAGGAGUGCUCAGUGAGAUGGAUGCGCAGCUCUUGGAAGGAAUUCUUAGCAAUUUGAUUGGGGUGAGACAAUUUCGUUAUGAUAGGGUGUCAGGAGAACUUGAUGUUCUCUUUGAUCCUGAAGUGGUCCGUUCUAGAGCACUAGUUGAUGGCAUUGAGGAAGGAAGCGGCGGGAGAUUUAAACUGCGUGUUAUGAAUCCUUACGCAAGAAUGACUUCUAGGGAUGUUGAGGAAGCAUCGACGAUGUUCCGACUAUUCCGCUCCAGUCUUUUUCUCAGUAUCCCUAUCUUUCUCAUAAGAGUAGUUUGUCCACGCAUACCGCUUGUGUAUUCCUUACUGCUCUGGCGAUGUGGACCCUUCCUAAUGGGUGAUUGGUUGAAGUGGGCGUUGGCAAGUCUUGUUCAAUUUGUUAUUGGGAAGCGCUUCUACAUUGCUGCUGGCCGAGCUCUGCGAAAUGGCUCUACAAACAUGGAUGUCUUGGUUGCGUUGGGAACUUCAGCCUCUUACUUCUACUCUGUUUGUGCACUACUAUAUGGUGCAAUAACUGGCUUUUGGUCCCCGACAUACUUUGAAACAAGUGCUAUGCUAAUAACAUUUGUUUUGCUGGGAAAAUAUUUGGAGUGUCUUGCGAAGGGGAAAACUUCAGAUGCUAUCAAGAAGUUAGUAGAACUGGCGCCAGCUACGGCACUACUGGUGGUCAAAGACAAAGGUGGAAGUCUCAUUGGAGAAAGAGAAAUAGAUGCUUUGCUAAUUCAGCCUGGUGAUAUACUAAAAGUUCUACCUGGUACUAAGGUUCCAGCUGAUGGAGUGAUUGUAUGGGGUUCAAGUUAUGUCAAUGAGAGUAUGGUAACAGGUGAAUCUGCUCCAGUUUUGAAGGAGGUUAAUUCAUCAGUUAUUGGCGGGACAAUUAAUUUGCAUGGCGCUCUUCACAUACAAGCUAGUAAAGUAGGAUCUGACACUGUUUUGAGCCAGAUAAUUAGUUUGGUUGAGACAGCGCAGAUGUCAAAGGCUCCUAUUCAGAAGUUUGCUGACUUUGUAGCGAGCAUUUUUGUCCCCACAGUUGUUGCAAUGGCACUUUUGACCUUUUUGGGUUGGUACCUAGCUGGAGUUUUUGGAGCUUACCCAGAACACUGGCUACCUGAAAAUGGCAACUACUUCGUCUUUGCCCUCAUGUUUUCAAUAUCUGUGGUGGUGAUUGCAUGUCCCUGUGCACUUGGCUUGGCAACACCUACUGCUGUCAUGGUGGCAACAGGAAUUGGGGCGAAUAAUGGUGUAUUGAUUAAAGGAGGAGAUGCUUUAGAAAGGGCUCAGAAGGUUAAAUACGUGAUAUUUGAUAAAACUGGCACCCUGACACAAGGAAAGGCUACCGUUACAACUGCUAAAGUUUUCUCUGGAAUGGAUCGUGGAGAAUUUCUCAGAUUGGUUGCUUCCGCAGAGGCUAGCAGUGAACAUCCUCUCGCGAAAGCAAUUUUGGAAUAUGCCCGCCAUUUCCAUUUCUUUGAAGAGCCUUCUGAAAAUGAGGAAUCUCACGGCCAGAUCAAAGACUCUGGAGUUUCUGGAUGGCUUCUUGAUGUCUCUGACUUCUCUGUUCUGCCUGGAAGCGGGGUCCAUUGCUUUAUUAAUGGAAAAAGGAUUUUGGUUGGUAACCGAAAGCUGCUGACUGAAAGUGGGAUUGCCAUUCCAACCCAUGUAGAAAAUUUUGUAGUAGAACUGGAAGAAAGUGCCAAGACUGGCGUCCUUGUUGCAUAUGACGAUAACAUAAUUGGUGUUUUGGGGGUUGCAGACCCAUUAAAGAGAGAAGCUGCUGUGGUUAUAGAGGGGCUUGGCAAGAUGGGUGUUAAAUCUGUCAUGGUUACAGGAGAUAAUUGGAGGACGGCUAGAGCUGUAGCUAAAGAGGUUGGCAUUCAAGAUGUGAGGGCAGAGGUAAUGCCAGCGGGAAAAGCAGAUGUUAUAAGUUCAUUUCAGAAAGAUGGAAGUGUAGUUGCUAUGGUGGGAGAUGGUAUAAAUGAUUCUCCCGCUCUGGUUGCUGCCGAUGUUGGUAUGGCCAUAGGGGCUGGGACAGAUAUAGCCAUAGAAGCUGCUGACUAUGUAUUGAUGAGAAACAACUUGGAAGACGUAAUUACUGCAAUCGACCUUUCAAGGAAGACUUUCUCUCGUAUUCGAUUGAAUUAUGUUUUUGCCAUGGCCUACAAUGUCAUUGCAAUCCCAAUCGCAGCAGGUGCAUUAUUUCCUCUCCUAGGGAUCAAGCUGCCACCAUGGGCAGCCGGUGCUUGUAUGGCUCUCUCAUCUGUCAGUGUUGUGUGCUCGUCUUUGCUUCUCCGGUUGUACAGAAAACCUAGACUUACCACCAUAUUAGAAAUAACUGUAGAGUAGGAGGAGGAGCGAAAAUGUACCCAGCAUGUCUCAACUCUCAACUCAAUAGGAAGAGAAAGUGUAAAUGGGAUAAAUUGUUGUGUGAUUCAUUUAGUAAAUCUCAGUUUUGUGUGUUUGUGUUACAA